AUAAUUUUUAACAAAUUUAUCAAAAACAUAAGGUUAUUAUCGAUUUAAAUAUUGAUAUUUUAAUUUUUCUUAAAUCGUAAGACAUAAUUUGCAUACUUUAUUAGUUUGAGAUAUAAAUACAUCAGAGCAGAAUCUCUCUUAUCGUCAAAAGGCAGAUUUUGAGUCAUAUUUUGAAAAUGAAUGGUUUUACUGGAGAUGAUGUUGUGAUGUGUGUUUUUAUUCUAUCAGUGUCACUCGAUCGACUAGAUCAUGGAAACAUUGUUAGAUGUUUAACAAGUUUUGCUUUUCUCAUCAUGAAGAUGGUUAUAAUUAACGAAUAUAUUUAUCGGAUGGUGGGUAGUUUUGAUGCCUUUCUAAUAGCGCUCUACUUAACGUUCAUACUUCAUUUCUUAUACGUUAUUCAAAUAAUGAGAUUGUUGGUGAAAAAGUAUUUUGAUAAUCCAGGAUACGUCGUGAUACUCCUCUCUGCAUUGUUUCUAACUUUUCUGAUGUGCUUUUUCCCGAAGUUAUUGCUGAAAUUCGUAUCCAAGCUUUCAGAAGAGCAUAACAACAAACAGAAACUAUUUCAAGCAACACAACACUCAAACUAAUUAUCAGGGAUUAUGCAAUUGUCGCGUUGACGUUUGUUUUUAAAAAACCAUUUUUGAAAAUAAGAUUUUAACCAAAGAAUAAUUUAUAUAUUAGAGUAGUUUUAUACCAACAUCAUUGUUUAAAUUCUGACUCUUUUUUUAGUUUUAAUAAAUCGAUAAACUAUAAAUGCAAAAUUUUGUCUUUGUAUUACCUUUUUCGUGAAGUUUUAAUAGCAACGCAAUUGUGAAUAAUUUUAACUUAAUAUUUGUUUCUAUUAUGUAGCUUGUCAGUUUUACGAAGCAGACAACUUAGAUAUAGACAAUGUAAUCUGCCAUAUUGAAUUCAAAAAUGGCGUUAGUAGCAGGCUUGUACUGUACGUCGCUUAUAUACGGUACUUUAAUAUCAACGCUACAAAAUGUUCGAAUGCUCGGCUUUAAAUUGCUCUUUCUUUAAGGAGAGUGAAAAGUUUUAGGAUAUUCAGAUUUUGAAUGCAAUAAAAUGUCGUUAAAUCUUGUUUUUAUA